CAAAACAAAGGCAGCAUCCGGGGCUGGGUGGAUGCAAACAACCAUGAAAGACUGGGUUCUCUCUCUCCCCGGCUCUGCUGCUGCCGCCGCCGCUGCUCCUCCUCCUCCUGCCGCCGCCAGGAGGGCUCCUCUGUGAGGGGAAGCAGGGGCGCAGCUGCUGGGCGUGAAUCCGAAAGGUGAGAGCCAGGGAGCCAGAAGAGGGGGCGUGCAGGCCACGAAAAUGUCCUCGGCGGUGGGGCCCCGCGGUCCUCGCCCACCCACGGUGCCUCCCCCCAUGCAAGAGCUGCCCGACCUGAGCCACCUGACCGAGGAGGAGAGGAACAUUAUCAUGGCAGUGAUGGACCGGCAGAAGGAAGAAGAGGAAAAAGAAGAAGCCAUGCUCAAGUGUGUUGUCAGGGACAUGGCGAAGCCUGCUGCCUGCAAAACACCAAGAAAUGCUGAAAACCAGCCCCACCAACCUACACCGAGAUUGCAUCAACAAUUUGAAAGCUAUAAAGAACAAGUGAGGAAGAUAGGGGAAGAAGCGCGGCGUUACCAGGGAGAGCACAAAGAUGAUGCUCCGACUUGUGGAAUCUGUCACAAAACAAAGUUUGCUGAUGGGUGCGGCCAUCUCUGCUCCUACUGCCGCACCAAGUUCUGUGCCCGCUGUGGAGGCCGCGUGUCUCUGCGAUCCAACAACGAGGACAAAGUGGUUAUGUGGGUAUGCAAUUUAUGUCGAAAGCAACAAGAAAUCUUAACCAAAUCUGGGGCAUGGUUCUUUGGAAGUGGCCCUCAGCAGCCAAGUCAGGAUGGAACCCUAAGUGAUACAGCUACAGGUGCUGGUUCUGAGGUACCGAGAGAAAAGAAAGCACGGCUCCAAGAAAGAUCACGGUCUCAGACACCCCUGAGCACAGCAGCUGCCUCCUCCCAGGACACAGCACCUCCCAGCGCACAGCCAGACAGGAGCAAAGGGGCGGAGUCCUCACAGCAAGCCCUGGGGCCUGAACAGAAGCAGGUUUCAUCGAGGUCUAGAAGUGAACCUCCAAGAGAGAGGAAGAAGACUCCAGGGCUCUCUGAGCAGAAUGGCAAAGGAGCCCAGAAGAGCGAGCGGAAACGCGUGCCCAAGUCCUCAGUGCAGCCGGGAGAGGGGGCCGUGGAAGAACGCGAGCGGAAAGAAAGGCGGGAAAGUCGACGGCUUGAGAAAGGACGGUCACAGGACUACCCAGAUGUGCCGGAAAAACGAGAGGAUCGCAAAGCGGUAGACGAUGAGAAGCAAAGGAAAGAGGAGGAGUACCAGACCCGGUACCGCAGCGACCCGAACCUGGCGCGGUACCCGGUGAAACCACCGCCGGAGGAGCAGCAGAUGCGCAUGCACGCCCGGGUGUCUCGCGCGAGGCACGAGCGGCGCCACAGCGACGUGGCGCUCCCGCGCACUGAGGCCGGAGCUGCGCCGCCCGACGCCAAGGCCGGCAAGCGCGCACCGCCCCCCGCCAGGGCUUCGCCGCCGGAGUCGCCGCGGGCCUACUCUGCCGAGAGGACUGCGGAAGUCAGGACGCCGGGCGCCAAGCAGCUGGCGAACCACAGCCCGCCGGCACCCAGGCAUGGGCCAGUCCCCGCAGAAGUCCUGGAGCCCAAAGCCCAGGAGCCCCUCAGGAAGCAGAGCCGCCUGGACCCCAGCUCGGCCGUCCUCAUCAGGAAGUCCAAGCGCGAGAAGGUGGAGACUAUGCUGCGGAACGACUCUUUGAGUUCUGAUCAGUCGGAGUCCGUGCGGCCUUCCCCGCCGAAGCCACACCGGUCCAAGAGAGGCGGCAAGAAGCGGCAGAUGUCCGUGAGCAGCUCGGAGGAGGAGGGCGUAUCUACGCCGGAGUACACCAGCUGCGAGGACGUGGAGCUGGAGAGCGAGAGCGUCAGCGAGAAAGGUGACUUGGAUUAUUACUGGUUGGAUCCUGCCACGUGGCAUAGCCGGGAAACAUCACCUAUUAGUUCGCAUCCUGUAACGUGGCAGCCAUCUAAAGAGGGGGACCGAUUAAUUGGACGUGUUAUUCUGAACAAGAGAACAACCAUGCCCAAAGAAUCAGGUGCAUUACUGGGUCUGAAAGUUGUUGGAGGAAAAAUGACUGACUUAGGACGCCUUGGUGCCUUCAUCACCAAAGUAAAGAAGGGUAGCCUUGCAGAUGUAGUUGGACACUUACGAGCAGGGGAUGAAGUUCUAGAAUGGAAUGGUAAACCCCUGCCGGGAGCUACAAAUGAAGAAGUUUACAACAUUAUUUUAGAAUCAAAAUCAGAACCUCAAGUUGAAAUUAUUGUUUCAAGGCCUAUUGGUGAUAUUCCACGGAUCCCUGAGAGCUCCCAUCCUCCACUGGAGUCCAGUUCAAGUUCCUUUGAAUCUCAGAAGAUGGAAAGACCUUCCAUUUCUGUUAUUUCUCCAACAAGUCCUGGAGCUCUAAAAGAUGCCCCACAAGUCUUGCCAGGACAACUUUCUGUAAAGCUGUGGUAUGAUAAAGUGGGACACCAGCUGAUUGUAAAUGUUCUGCAAGCAACAGAUUUACCGACAAGAGUAGAUGGGCGUCCCAGGAAUCCCUAUGUGAAAAUGUAUUUUCUUCCAGAUAGAAGUGAUAAAAGCAAAAGGAGGACUAAAACAGUAAAGAAAGUACUAGAACCAAAAUGGAAUCAAACAUUUGUCUAUUCACAUGUACAUCGUAGAGAUUUUAGAGAACGGAUGUUAGAAAUAACUGUGUGGGAUCAACCAAGAGUACAAGAAGAAGAGAGUGAAUUUCUUGGAGAGAUCCUCAUAGAAUUGGAGACAGCACUUUUAGAUGAUGAGCCACAUUGGUAUAAACUUCAGACGCAUGAUGAAUCUUCACUACCUCUGCCUCAGCCAUCACCUUUCAUGCCAAGGCGACACAUUCAUGGAGAAAGCUCUAGCAAAAAACUACAAAGAUCUCAGCGAAUCAGUGAUAGUGACAUCUCAGAUUAUGAGGUUGAUGAUGGUAUUGGAGUAGUUCCUCCAGUAGGUUAUAGGUCUAGUGCUAGAGAAAGUAAAUCUACAACAUUAACUGUGCCAGAACAGCAAAGAACAACUCAUCACCGCUCACGUUCAGUAUCUCCUCACCGCGGCGAUGAUCAGGGAAGGCCGCGUUCACGUUUACCAAAUGUGCCAUUACAGAGGAGUUUAGAUGAAAUUCAUCCAACAAGAAGGUCACGUUCUCCAACUAGACACCAUGAUGCCUCCCGAAGUCCAGUUGAUCACAGAUCCAGAGAUGUGGAUAGUCAGUAUUUAUCAGAACAAGACAGUGAGCUUCUUAUGCUGCCCAGAGCAAAACGAGGACGAAGUGCAGAAUGCCUCCAUACUACCAGAUAUUUUGUUAGGCACUAUAAAACAUUACCGCCUAAGAUGCCUUUAUUAGAGAACAGUUCUCACUGGAAUAUUUACAGCUCAAUUCUGCCUGCACAUACCAAAACCAAGUCAGUGACUAGACAGGACUUUCCCCUUCAUCAUGAAUGCUUUAACACAAGAGUAUUGAGAUUUACUGAUGAAAUAUUGGUUAGUGAACUGCAGCCCUCCCUUGACAGGGCUAGGAGUGCUAGUACCAACUGCUUGAGACCAGAUACUAGUUUGCAUUCACCAGAACGAGAAAGGGGUAAAUGGUCCCCCUCCCUAGAUAGGAGACGACCUCCUAGCCCCAGGAUUCAAAUCCAGCAUGCAUCUCCGGAGAAUGACAGGCACUCCAGAAAGUCUGAAAGAUCUAGCAUCCAAAAACAGACUAGGAAAGGCACUGCCUCUGAUGCAGAAAGGGUUCUCCCACCAUGCCUUUCUAGAAGGGGAUACGCAGCCCUAAGAGCGACUGAUCAGCCAGUCCUUAGGGGAAAACAUCCCGCUCGCUCAAGGUCGAGUGAGCACUCUAGUGUCAGAACACUGUGUUCUACCCACCACCUUGCCCCUGGAGGGUCGGCGCCACCUUCUCCGCUUCUGACAAGAAUGCACAGACAAGCAAGUCCGACCCAUCCUCCUCCUGCAGACACAUCCUUCAGCAAUCGGAGGGGCCGGCAGCUACCACAGGUGCCAGUGAGAAGCGGCAGUAUAGAACAAGCAAGCUUAGUAGUGGAGGAGCGAACAAGACAGAUGAAAAUGAAAGUGCAUCGAUUUAAGCAGACAACAGGGUCUGGUUCUAGUCAAGAACUUGAUCGCGAGCAAUAUUCCAAGUAUAACAUACAUAAAGAUCAGUACAGAAGCUGUGAUAACGUCUCUGCCAAAUCAUCAGAUAGUGAUGUCAGUGAUGUGUCCGCCAUUUCCCGAACCAGCAGUGCCUCACGCCUCAGCAGCACAAGCUUUAUGUCAGAGCAAUCUGAGCACCCCAGGGGUAGGAUCAGUUCAUUUACCCCUAAAAUGCAAGGCAGACGGAUGGGGACUUCAGGAAGAGCCAUCAUGAAGAGCACCAGUGUGAGUGGGGAGAUGUACACACUGGAGCAUAAUGACGGCAGUCAGUCCGACACAGCUGUGGGUACAGUUGGAGGAGGUGGAAAGAAAAGGAGAUCCAGCCUGAGUGCCAAAGUGGUUGCCAUAGUGUCUAGAAGGAGUAGAAGCACAUCCCAGCUAAGCCAAACAGAGUCAGGCCACAAGAAGUUAAAAAGCACCAUACAGAGAAGCACAGAAACAGGAAUGGCAGCCGAAAUGAGGAAGAUGGUAAGGCAACCAAGUCGAGAGUCUACUGACGGCAGCAUCAACAGUUAUAGCUCCGAGGGAAACUUAAUAUUUCCUGGAGUACGACUAGGAGCAGACAGUCAAUUCAGUGAUUUUCUUGAUGGACUGGGACCAGCUCAGCUUGUUGGCCGCCAAACCCUUGCUACCCCUGCAAUGGGUGACAUACAAAUUGGAAUGGAGGAUAAAAAGGGCCAAUUAGAAGUUGAAGUUAUUAGAGCACGAAGCCUCACACAAAAACCUGGUUCCAAGUCUACACCUGCUCCUUAUGUCAAAGUGUAUCUUUUGGAAAACGGGGCCUGUAUAGCCAAGAAGAAGACAAGAAUUGCGCGAAAAACCCUUGAUCCUUUGUAUCAACAGUCCCUGGUUUUUGACGAAAGUCCACAGGGUAAAGUUCUUCAGGUCAUUGUCUGGGGGGACUAUGGCAGAAUGGACCAUAAAUGCUUUAUGGGUGUGGCUCAAAUCUUGUUGGAAGAACUCGAUCUAUCCAGUAUGGUAAUCGGAUGGUACAAGUUGUUCCCACCAUCAUCCCUGGUGGACCCCACACUGACUCCCCUAACGCGCCGGGCUUCCCAGUCAUCUCUGGAAAGUUCAACUGGGCCUCCCUGCAUCCGCUCAUAGUGAACUCCUACCAGAGUCAUUCCAGUGAAACUCUACCUUUCAGGAUAAUAAUCUGAACCAGAUAUUUCAUGAUCAAAAAAGCAUUGUUGGAGACAGACAAUCAACUUGUGUUUUGCCUGUAGUAGUUUUUCAAUAUGUCCCACUCGUUGUUUAAAACCUGGCUUCAUAUGACAGAACAAGGCAGUCUAUCAAAUUACAGUAAGAGUCAACAUGCUAGUGAGAGUCACUGAUGCUUCUAACAAACAGAAAAAGAGGAAACUUCAAAUUCACACACACACACACACACACACCAAAUUGAACAAACUGGAAACUCUCACUCUGUGAAAAGUUGUAUUUUACACGUUUGUGCACAGACCACAAGCAGUGUUAUUUCCCUGGUGUUUAAGAAGUUCUGUUUUUUGUGUGUUUUGUUUAUUUGUGCAUUAUUUGUUGGGUUUUGGUUUCUUGAAUUGUUUUGCUUUAUUUUUCAUUGUAUAUGUUAUUUCCACUAGUUUUUGGACAUGUCACGACAGGCCUCAUGAUGCUUACAAAGACCCUUCCUUUCUUUUCCCAAAAGCACUAAAAAAGGGCUGAAAUAGUCUCUGUGGCAUCUCCCCAAAGUGUUCAGCAACUAGGCAAGAUGAGGCCAAUGAAAGAUUUCACUGGCUUUCAUUUUAUAAUUUUUCAAAGUCUUAUGUGUGCAAACCCAGAAA